AUGGCUCUCCCGAAACGUAUCAUUAAGGAAACCGAACGCCUUGUUGCAGAACCAGUACCGGGCAUCCAAGCCAUUCCCCACGAUGAUAAUCUACGCUAUUUUGACGUCUCGAUACAUGGACCCGCGCAGUCGCCAUACGAAGGAGGGGUAUUCAAAUUGGAGCUCUUUCUUCCAGAAGACUACCCUAUGACCCCACCAAAGAUUCGCUUCCUCACCAAGAUAUACCACCCAAAUAUCGACCGUCUGGGUCGGAUAUGCUUGGAUGUUCUCAAAGCAAACUGGUCGCCGGCGUUGCAGAUACGAACGAUUCUCCUUAGUAUCCAGGCCUUACUCGGCGCGCCAAACCCGGACGACCCGCUCGCGAAUGAUGUUGCUCAGCGAUGGAAGGAAGACGAACCAGGGGCUAUCGCUACAGCUCGAGAAUGGACCCAGACACAUGCUGCUCCUUAG